GCCAUAACUUGCAUUGUUCCAUUCAUUUAGACAGUCAGGUAACGCGUCAACGCAGGACAACCGCGCUGGCCGCGCUGGCUCUAGAGCUAAGUUCUGCGUACUUCAUCUCAUGCUCCAAUUGAAGCCUAUAUAUGUUGCAACACUAUUGGAUGACGCUUCGGCGAGUCUGCAGCGUUUCAGUCAUUUUCUGUAGUUUGCUCCUUCUUCGUGUGGACGCGCUGACGGAGAAAUGGAUGGGCCUCGACCAUAUGAACAGAACGCGCAACCGCCCAGAGCUGGGAUGGGACUGGGGUCACACUUGGAGCACCGUGGACGUGAACCGACAACCAGUCAGUACACUGCUCUCCAGCGUGUUCGGCGGAUACCGGUUUACGCUACCCAAGCUGCAGUUGCAACGCGGAACGGCGUACAUCGGUGCCGCUUCGCGGCUGCGCCGCCUAGUGAAGGAGUUGCUGCUGCCGCACGGUCAGAAGACGAACUUCAAGGUUGCAGUCAUAGGUGGCAGUAUAAGCUGGGGGCAGUUUACCAGCAAACGCGGCGAGACCGAUUGGUUUAGCACAUUUACACGAUGGAUGAUCUCCGCAUUCCCGCGCGCCAAUAUUACGGGCCGCAACGGGUGCACACCAGGCGUGCCCACGCCGUACAUGAUCAUGUGCCUGGAGCUGAGCCUGGAUCCGGACGUGGAUCUGGUGAUCAUGGAGUACACGCUGAAUGAUGGCCUGGAUUCGGUGCUGUUCGGAAACCGCGUGGUCCAGGACAUGGAGCGCCUGGUGCGGCGGGUGCUGGCGCUCCCCAGCCGCCCGGCCGUAGUGCUGCUGCAGGUGCCCUCCUUCGGCAUGGCCAGCUACCGCGGCGGCCACCCCAAAAACAACGAGACCCCGCCGGAUGCAUAUGCGCACUUUUAUGAGACAUCCGAAGAUGCGCAGGUGGCCAUCUCGCAGUACUACGACGUACCGUACUUGUCGCUGCGUACCGCACUGUACCGCCUGGCUGCACACAAGUCUGUACCCGGCUUCCUAUGGGAGGACGUGUUCGUGGACCACCACCCCGGCGACCACGGGCACAAGGUGAUGGCGGACCUUAUGGUGCACCUGCUGCAGCGCACCGCCGUGGGCCUACUCAUUGAGCCGUAUGGAGCCCCGGACGCAGAGGCUGCGGCAGAGGCCCUGCCGGAACCCAUGUAUGACGGCAACACCGCACCCAACACAACCAUGUGCCUGGUGGGCGACGCGUUCAGGUCACAACUGGUGUCUGCGCACGGCUUCGCGUGGGUCAAUGAGGGCACCGCCGCCAAGCCCAAGCCCGGCUAUGUGGCCACGCAGCCGGGCAGCCGGCUGCGGCUGCGGGUGGACACGGACCGCUCGUCACUGGGCAGCCCUCCGGGGGAGCGGGUGGCGCUGUACCUGCACCACCUGCGCUCCUACCAGCACAUGGGCACCGCCGCGCUGAGGUGCGUGUCGGGCUGCACCUGCUCCGAGGUGCGUGUAGACGCGCACAUCAAGGAUCGUGUGAGUCAGGUUUACCUGGUGAAGAUGGAGGUCAGCCAGUCGGCUGCCUGCGAGGUGGAGGUGGAGGUGCUGCCCGACAGCCGCAGUGGCGAGCACAAGUUCAAGGUGUCGGGCCUGGUAGUGGCGGAGCGGGCGGGGGACCAGUCGGAUGCCAUGGAACGAAUCAGCGGCGAUAACAAGGCGUUUGGGCUGCGGCAACACAACGGCGACGACGAGCAGGUGGGGGAUGUGUGUGUGUGUGUGUGAACGUGAGGCGCGCGUUCGCAGGAAGGGGCUGUGGGCUUAUAGUGCUAGAUGCCGGUGGUCACUGCUAGGUCAGCCUUCUGCGCAGCGAUCGUGUACGGGUGCUGCAAGGCCAGGGGCCACCCCUAUGCGAGGCGCAUACCCCUGCCGUACAAUCUAUCUCACUGGCGCUCGUGUCCCCUUCGCCUUGUGCAUGACAGAUGGUGAUUGCCAAAGGGGGCCAGUUCGGCAAAGCCGGUGGAGCCCGAAGCCGUGACUUCAGGAGGCACGGCAGGCGGAGACGACGCACGAGCAGGAGGCACGGCAGGUGACACCCAUGCCUGACGCCCAUCGCCCUUGCACGCAGGGCAUACAACGGAGGCAACGCAUAUGUGUGGUAUAGAAUAGUGUGUGCAAGCUUUACUAGGGUUCAAGGGGGGGCACACGGGGGGGGCAGAAGUCGCCUGAAUGUCUAGCCCGGUCUGUGGGAGGCUUGAGACGGCGGAGAAGAGGGAGCAGGCAAGGCCACGACGAGGAGUGUGUGGUACCGCCUGGCGUCAGCGCGCAUAUUGGAACCGGCCGGUGCAUGGGUAGGGUUCAGCAGGCGAGCACAGGGUGUGGCGGCUGCGGAAACUACCGCGGGUUUAAUGCAUGUGGUUUCGUGUCCGGACUGACUGUGCUUGGCCGCUGGACCAAGCGGACACCCGGCCUGGCAGUGCCUGCACAAACCGCUAUGUUCCAGAGGUACGGUAGUAUCAUACCUUCGGCCGUAGACUGAUGACAUGGAUGGUGUAGGCUCAGCCCGCUUUUCCCUUGGCACGUACGGGGACCCAAGCGGGGCCAACCUCUCUGCAAGAGGAGUUGUUGGUCGGGGGAGAGGGACGGCGUGGCACGUGAGGCAAGCUGCGAAGCUUGCGCGGGACGCCAACAAGCAAGACUGGUGAAGUGUGCACGGACGGGAAGUACGGUGUGUCAGACCCAGGUGUGCACCCUGGGCAAACCUGCGCUCUGUUCCGGUUGUCGCCUGUACUAGGCCAAACAUAUUGUUGCUUCGUGUGGGAACACGACGAGUGUGAUAGUGCCUUGGACGCCCCCUGUCGGCUGGGCAGUAACAGUCCGCUGGCAAGGUCGAGCUGUAAGAGGAGUUGAGGACUAGAAGCGCCAUCAGCCCAUGGCUCUACCCUGUGGCUGUGACCUGUGUGCUUUGCGUAUUGCUCCAGCUGUGACGUUGCACAGCGUGUCACCGUCAUUUAGCCGUACGAUACGUAGCGACCGGUCAUCUUCACUUCAACUCCAGCCUGUGAGGCUGUGAGCUGGCUGCCACGCUUGAGAGGCCCGAAGGGACAGGCCGUGCGGAGUCAUAUAGGGUGGCAAACUACGCUCAGUCGCGCUGUCCAACAAGUCCUACCAGUGCUAAGUGUUGAGCCCGGAGUGGAAUUGUGGUAAUGUGGUAUAGUGCGGUAUAGC